AUGGCCAACUGGGAGGAGCAGCGAUUCCCGGAUAUCGUGGUGGGCAUUGAUUUUGGCAUGACGUGCACUGGAGUCGCAUACAGCAUCGGCCCAGAAUGGGGCCCCCCAAAAACAAUCCAGCGCUGGCCGGGCAAACUAAUCGGCGAACUUGCGAACAAAGUCCCGACAUCGCUCCUCUACGCCGCCGAUAACCAAACCGUCCAAGAAUGGGGAUUUGGAUGCGAUGAGAGGAUCGCGGAUGCAGGUGAUAUCAAGGAGUUCUUCAAGCUCCAUCUCGCCUCGCACCCCGAAGGCGACGGACCCGGAAACGAACGCAUAACGCAGCAGGACGCCCGCCGCUGGUUCCGGGAUUAUAUUACUUGCAUUUACAGGCAGGUCGUGUCGCAUUUCAGCACGAGUAUACCGGGGUUUGGGCGCAUGCGGGUGGAAUUCAUAUUUAGUGUGCCGACGACGUGGAAGGAUGUAAGAAUGGUCGAGGAGAUACGGGGGCUCCUUGAUCGCGCUAUUGCGAGCGGAGCGUCGAAUGGGAAGCACUGGGCGGUUAUUGGGCUUACGGAGGCUGAGGCUGCGGCGGUUUAUGCUUGUCGCGACUAUUAUCAGCCGGAUGAUGUUGUGCUGGACGUCAAUGUCUUACGGCUCGCAUCAGGCCGCGGAGAACCUUUACGGCUCGAGCAACUGGGCAACGUCGAAGGGCGUCCCAUCGGCUCUGUCUUCAUCGACCGCGCUGUACACCACUACAUCGCCGAGCGGCUGUCAAAACUCACGGACGGCGACGAGCUAACACAGCCGCCCGAUCUUGUCGCGUGGGCAAUGUUAACGGGCAAGUGGCAGCGUUUAAAAUGUGCUUUUGGCACUGAGGCAGCGCGGACGCCGAACCUUAGUCUUGAGGUUCCAUGUUUGAAGGCUGGUGUGAAGGAUCUUCCGAUCGCGGGGAUUUAUGAUGGGCAGAUGAGGAUUCCUUGGGACUAUGUGAAGCGCGCGUUCGAUAUCAAAGUCAUGGAGAUGUGCAGCCUGCUGGACGGGCAGAUUCAGAUGAUGGAUGAGAAAUAUCCUCGAAAUCGGAUAUCAUACCUCGUCCUCUCAGGCGGCUUCGGCAGCUCGCCUUAUGUCCGCGAAUGCCUGCACCACCGAUACGCCCUCCCCGGCGUGGCAAAGCACCCGAAUGUCCUCGGACUACAAGUCCUCCUAGCAGAAGAGCCCCAACUCGCCGUCGUCCACGGCCUCGUCCUCGACCGCAUCCAACAACUCAAGAAAGGCGUCGUGAUGUUCGGAUCGCGCUGCUCCCCCGUCAGCUACGGCAUCAUCUGCGACGUGAUCUACGACCCAGUAAAACACCUCGGCGAGCCCGUCCGCCGAGAUCCGCGAGACGAUAACCUCUACGCCAUUAACCAGGUCGAAUGGCUUAUCAUCCAGGGCGACGCAAUCCCCCACACCGGCAUAUCAAAAGACUUCCAACUGAAGAUCAAACCAGGCGAAGAACAUCUCCCCUGGAAAGUGCACAUCGUGAUGUCCACGGCGCCGCGGUACAGGCUCCCCAAGAGCAUGGCGUCCGGCACGGGCACCGUCAGCGGGGAGUGCGUGCAGCAUGUUUGCAGCCUGGAUAUCAUUACCGACGACGUUGACCGCAAGUUGAAGAAUCGACGCUGGUACAAUAUGCGGCCGCGGUAUUGGCGCGCUGUCUUUGAUGUGCGUGUUGUUGUUGGGGCGGCGGAUCUGACGUUUCAGCUUUGGAGCAGAGAGAAGAGGAUUAGGUCGCAGGGGCAUGAGCCUAUUAAGGUGCAGUGGAUGCCGGCGAGUCCGCGGGGUGGGGAGGGGAGUGAGAUUGGGAGUUGGUGA